CCCAGUUUAGCGCGCCUGCCUGAGCCACCUGUGGGAUUACUGCAAACAUGGAUAUUUAUUGACAAGUUUUUCCCAACAAAAACUACUUGCAACAGAGCGACAACAACACCAGCUGCGAUGGAACAGCUGAUGAUUGAGGGCAUGCCUCGUCGUCGCCGUCCUUUCAUCCGCAGGAUAAAACAUCCGUUGGAAUGACGCAGCGGCAGCAGCAGAGACGGCAACCAUGGCGACUCUCCCUCCGGGUCCCACCGGUGUGCCGGAGCGAGUGACGGCUUGGUGCCACUGAUGUCAGCUUGUGACUGCAGCGGAGAGCACUCACCAUGAAUGGAGAGCACACAGACAUCCUGUCACCCAGAGAUGUGGUCAGAGGCCGAUGGAGAGUUGUGAGAAAGAUAGGCGGAGGCGGCUUCGGGGAGGUCUACGAGGUCGUGGACCUGCAGGAUGGAAACAGCAUUGUCGCUAUGAAGGUGGAGUCUGCCACCCACCCCAGACCGGUGCACAGGACAGAGGUGGCUGUGUUGAGGAAGUUGCAGGGUAAAGAUCACGUGUGUAGGUUUGUUGGCGCUGGACGAACGGAGCGAUACAACUAUGUGGUGAUGGAACUACAGGGAAAGAACCUGGCGGAUCUGCGCAGAAGCACAGGCCGUGCAACAUUUUCCGUCUCAACUACACUGAGACUCGGCAAGCAGAUUUUACAAGCCAUUGAAAGCAUCCACUCAGUGGGCUUCCUGCACCGAGACAUUAAACCGGCUAACUUUGCAAUGGGAAGACAAGCCAGUAACAGUCAAUGCUGCUAUAUGCUGGACUUUGGUUUGGCUCGUCAAUAUAUGACCCUGCAAGGCCUGCGUCCACCUCGAGAUGUGGCAGGCUUCAGGGGAACUGUGCGAUACGCUUCGAUCAAUACUCAUAGAAAUAAGGAAAUGGGUCGCCAUGACGAUCUGUGGUCCUUCUUCUACAUGUUGGUUGAAUUCAUGUCUGGUACGCUGCCAUGGAAGAGAUUUAAAGAUAAGGAACAAGUAGGAAAUCUAAAAGAAGCAUAUGACCAUCGCCUGAUGCUUAAUCACCUACCAUCCGAAUUCAGUGCUUACCUGGAUCACAUCCUCAGCUUGGACUAUAACACAAUUCCAGACUACAAGCUCUUGAUGUCACUGUUUGAGAGCGCUAUGGAAAGCCACAAUGUGCGGGCAAACGACCCCUACGACUGGGAGAGAUGCGACCCCGAGGACAUGCUGACCGUUGCUGCGGCGGUGCCAACCGGCCAGGAGCUUACCCGCCUCACGCCAGCCCAUUUGGGCAUGGCCAAUGCUUCAGUGCUGCCCGUGGAGCUGCAAAGGGAGAACACUGAGGAUGUUCUCAUGCUCGGGGAGCGCUUCAGUGACGCUGACAACUGCCCGCCUGUGCCCACUGGGUCCGGGCCUGUGAGAGAUGUAUGGGAAGAAAUGGACCGCAUACAAAACCAGCAACAUGUCGAGCCAGUGAUAAAGAGGGUGGCAACUGAGGAUGAGCACAGUCUGAACCAGGCGAACCAGAGCCCCGCCGGGUCUAUUCCGAGCUCUCCGAGACGAGUGCGAUCUGAGACCAUGUACCUGGGCCGGGCUGUGCCUCUGCUCCGGAAGAUGCGACAGAGCCAGAGCUUGGCAUUUGAAAGGAGGGUCGCACCCGAACCCAAGCCUACUAUUGAACGCUUCCUUGAGUCCUGUCGAGGUAAACCACCUGUCCUUGCUCAACCUGGGGAGAAAUCCUUGCCUGAUGAACACUCCGGCACCGGGACUGCCGAGGAAAGCGGCGUCAGCGGGGGCUUUGUUGCAGUCAACGUUAGUCCUGUGGUCCAAGAGGGAGACUCCCAAGAGUGGGUGAUGCUCGAGCUGGACCAAGGCACUAGUUCCGGAGCCGUCAAGCCUUCAGCUGAAGCCCAACGUGAGGACAAGCCAGCUGGGAUUUGCAGCACGGCUGAGACAGAGAAGCACCCCUCUGCCCCGCAGGAUAGUCCGGCUGUACUGGGCAGUCCCCUUCUGUCACACCGCUCUGUAGGUUCAUGGUUACUUGGCCACAAGAGGUUGCCAGGGAUGCUGGGACAGAUGCCCUCAGUCUUAAUGGGAAGACCCCACAUGGAUCAGUCCCUCAGCUGCACGUCACCAUUUCCUAUCCUUGAGAAGAGUGAUACGAUGCCUCAGGAAGCCCAGUCCAAUAAAUCUGACGAACUCCGAAAAGAUGGAGGAAAGACUGAAAUUGCGCCACCAUCAAGCCCUCUUAAAGGAACCUCCGCUCUCCUGACAAAAGACCCAGAGAGUGAUUCCGGUCUGCCCGACUGCUCCUCAGAACUAAACCAGCAGCCUCAAGCGGUUUUUCCAGCCAUCACUUCUUUACGGCCCAAAGACUCUCCUUCCUCGCCGAGACUGAGCCGCAUCCCAAUCCGAGACGUCACCACCCCUCCGGACUCUCCGAUUAGGAACCUUCACGGGGACCGACGACACCGCUGGAGCAGCCCGGUCCCUGGAUCCCCCACUCACUCCCCUUCUCCGUCGCUGUCCUGUGAAAACCUGCCAGCCACUUUGCCCCGAGAACGGCUCUCCUCGGAGCGAGGCUCCAGGUCGGACUGCGGAGGAGAAGACCCUCUUUCCCUGUCUUCCUCAUCAGGCAGUAAAAGUAAAAUCCCACGACCCAUGAGCGUCACCUUUGUUCCUGAGCCGGUCACCAGCAGGUUUGCGCCUCACCCGCCUCCUGGAAAACCGACCACAGGCCCUUGUGCCGACCACAGGCGGCGACGCUUGAGGGUACGCGCCAGCAGCACCAGCGACGCCGACUCCCUGUCCAGUCUGAGCCAGCUGGUGCAGGACCGCGGCGGCGUGCUCGUCAGCACCCCCGCUCCCCGCCCUUGCAGCUCGUCCUCCUCCGUCCUGCAGCGUUCGCUCAGCUGCUCGCCGUCCCGCCAGGAACCCUGCGAGGGCCGGGCGCCUCAGGGACGCAGCUGCUCCCCGUCCAGCUUCUCCGGGUCCUCCUCUCCGACGCCGCUGAUGCCUCCCCCGCCUCCUCGCCACGGCGCCCUGCAAGCCAGGUCCAUCGGGCAGGGUCAGUGGGGUCCUCGCUCGAUGGGGAGGGGAUUAAGCAAGGAAGGUAAAGGCUCAGGGAAGGUGACUCGGUGAUAAACAGGAAAGACUGAACUAGAUAGUGUGUGUAAAUACGGUAUUCACUUCAAGGGAAUGUAUACUGUAUGUAUAAGAAAUGUAUUUAUUUGCUACAUUAGCUUACAUUGAUCCGUACAUUGUAGAAUACCUUCAAGGAGAUUGAUACACUUCAGGAAUGAAAAUGGUCGAAACCGAGCUGCAAAGUUCAUGUGUGAAUAUUUGCACCAUGUAAAUAUGUCGUCAAAUUAUUGCGCAGUUGUAUGUUUAUGUCACGGCUCAAUGCGAACAAUUAUCAUUCUAAACUAAUGGAAAUGCAUACAGAUUCUGACAGUUAAAGGCCUACUGAAAGCCACUACUACCGACCACGCAGUCUGAUAGUUUAUAUAUCAAUGAUGAAAUCUUAACAUUGCAACACAUGCCAAUACGGCCGGGUUAACUUAUAAAGUGCAAUUUUAAAUUUCCCGCUAAACUUCCGGUUGAAAACGUCUAUGCAUGAUGACGUAUGCGCGUGACGUCAAUGGUUGAACCGGAAGUAUUGGUACACCAUUGAAUCCAAUACAAAAAAGCUCUGUUUUCAUCUCAAAAUUCCACAGUAUUCUGGACAUCUGUGUUGGUGAAUCUUUUGCAAUUUGUUUAAUGAACAAUGAAGACUGCAAAGAAGAAAGUUGUAGGUGGGAUCGGUGUAUUAGCGGCUGGCUGUAGCAACACAACCAGGAGGACUUUGACUUGGAGAGUAGACGCGCUAGCCGCCGACCGCACGGAUGAUCGGGUGAAGUCCAUAGUCCUUCCGUCGAUCGCUGGAACGCAGGUGAGCACGGGUGUUGACGAGCAGAUGAGGGCUGGCUGGCGUAGGUGGAGCGCUAAUGUUCUUAUCAUAGCUCUGUGAAGACCCGAUGCUUAGUUAGCUUCAAUGGCGUCGUUAGCAACAGCAUUGUUAAGCUUUGCCAGGCUGGGAAUUAUUAACCGUGUAGUUACAUAUACAUGGUUUAAUAGUAUUGUUGAUCUUCUGUCCAUCCUACCAGUCAGAGGUUUAUUUCUUUUGUUUCUAUCUGCAUUUGAGCCCGAUGCUAUCACGUUAGCUCAGUAGCUAAAGAGCUUCACCGAUGUAUUGUCGUGGAGAUAAGUCACUGUGAAUGUCCAUUUCGCGUUCUCGACUCUCAUUUUCAAGAGGAUAUAGUAUCCGAGGUGGUUUAAAAUACAAAUCCGUGAUCCACAAUAGAAAAAGGAGAAAGUGUGUAACUUAGGAACCCUUGUACCUAAGUUACGGUCAGAGCGAAAAAAGAUACGUCCUGCACUGCACGCUAGUCCUUCACUCUCACUUUCCUCAUCCACGGAUCUUUCAUCCUCGCUCAAAUUAAUGGGGUAAUCGUCGCUUUUUUCGGUCCGAAUCUCUCUCGCUGCUGGUGUAAACAAUGGUAAAAUGUGAGUAGUCCUUCUGUGACGUCACGCUACUUCCGGUACAGGCAAGGCUUUUUUUUUUUAUCAGCGACCAAAAGUUGCGAACUUUAUCAUCGAUGUUCUCUACUAAAUCCUUUCAGCAAAAAUAUGGCAAUAUCGCGAAAUGAUCAAGUAUGACACAUAGAUUAAAUAAAACAAUUUCAUUUCAGUAGGCCUUUAAAAAUACAGUAAGAGAAAGUAGCGUCAACCUGAGGGAAAAAAGUUGAAUGUUUCCUUUCAUUUUUAGGUACGAUGGCAAAAGAAUAUGCUGUAAUAUGCUGAUGUUGCCUAAAAAAAAAAGGGAUGUUUGUGGUUUUUGAGUUGCCAUGUCAUCAAUGUGUCUUUCAAUAACUGACACGCCAUAUCAUGCCAUUAUGAGACCAAAAUCCGCUGUAUAUAUAUCGACCAUGCUCAAUAGUAACAAUGAAUAGUUGCAUAUUAGAAUGUAUUGAAAAGUGCACUCGUUCAGUAUCGCAUGCGUGCAAGCAAGCCAGCAGCAUCAUCGUGUCCUUUUAUUAUUCAUUUGUACGUUUGCAUUUCUAUCAAACUGCUUUUCGUCAUGAAAAUACAUGUCAAGCAAAAAUAUUUUCGAUUUUGCUUUUGAUGUUUUGCAUAUCCGCUUAUCACUCUUAACGUGGUUUGAUGGGAGGAAACAGGCCACACCGCCCAUCUGACACUUGUUUUGUAACUUCAAAUAUGACUCUUGGUAUUAAAUAAUCAGACAGAAGAUUUUUUUUCACUCACUUUAUUUCCUGCACAUGCAGGGAGGCCUACUUUGUUUACAGUGCAUAUGUCAACAAUAUAGGGCUAUCAUUCAUACGUGACUGGACUGGUCCAUUUUUCUUUUUAAAAAGGAGACAUACUGUACUUAAAAACAUGUGUAUGAAGUGAUUAGAGUAAGCAUAGCA